AAUUGAUUUAGUUGAUAACAAAGCCAGGCCCGAAAAUUUCUUUGUUUUGCUUUAACUGGUAAAUAGUGGUCAGCAGUAAUUUAGCUGCGUAAUCUUCAAAAGUACGCAGUGCUUUGCAUUUGUCAUACUGUGCUUGAAGGUCUUUAGUGUAACAAGUCUUUUGAAAAUCGACAAUAAUGAAGACUUUAGUCCUUUUGGUGACAAUCGCUGUUGCCUGCCAGGCGGUUUCUUUCUCGGAACUGGUCCAGGAGCAAUGGAAUAGUUUUAAGGUUCAGCAUAAGAAGCAAUACGAGUCGGAAACCGAAGAACGAUUCAGGAUGAAAAUCUUCAUGGACAAUUCGCACAAAGUGGCCAAGCACAACAAGCUGUUUGAACAGGGUUUAUAUCCGUACAAACUGGCCAUGAAUAAAUACGGCGAUUUGCUCCAUCACGAGUUCGUGGGCCUUCUCAAUGGCUUCAACCGGACGAAAACCUACUUGAAGCGUGGAGAAUUGCAAGAUUCCAUCACCUUCAUUGAGCCUGCUCAUGUGGAUAUUCCCGACACUGUUGACUGGAGGCAAGAGGGAGCUGUUACUCCUGUUAAAGACCAGGGACAUUGUGGAUCCUGCUGGAGUUUCAGUGCUACUGGAGCCUUAGAAGGACAACACUUCCGACAAACCAAAAAGCUGGUCUCCUUAAGUGAGCAGAACCUGGUGGAUUGUUCCUCCCGCUUUGGCAACAACGGCUGCAAUGGAGGUUUAAUGGACAACGCCUUCCGCUAUAUCAAAAACAAUGGCGGAAUCGACACGGAAGCCGCCUACCCCUACAUGGGAGAGGAUGAAAAGUGCCGCUACAGCGCGAAGAACCGUGGAGCGACCGAUAAGGGAUUCGUGGACAUUCCCAGUGGAGAUGAAGAUAAGCUGAAAGCAGCCGUAGCUACUGUGGGUCCAAUUUCCAUUGCAAUCGAUGCCAGCCAUGAGUCGUUCCAGCUUUACUCAAAUGGUGUUUACUCUGAUCCUACAUGCAGCUCUACUGAGCUGGAUCAUGGCGUGUUGGUUGUGGGAUAUGGAACUGAUGAGAAAACUGGCAUGGACUACUGGUUGGUGAAGAAUUCAUGGGGAGACACCUGGGGGCUGGACGGCUACAUUAAAAUGGCCAGGAACCAGGAUAAUCAAUGUGGAGUUGCCACGCAAGCCAGUUAUCCAUUGGUUUAAGUAGGGUUAAUUUCUUUAUGUAAACAGUGCCAAUAGUAGGAGGUCGAGUUUUCACAAUUUUGUAUUUUUUAUAGCGCGUUUGUUUGUUUAAUAUAGAAAAUGUAAAAA